GCUAAGGAAGUAUUUUGAAGCCUUGAAUUUUUUGGCGUAUGAUCGAAUGUUCGAUUUCUCACCAAUUUGAUUACAGUCAUGGUGUACAGAGCAACUGCCUUGCGAGGGUUGGCCAACGCACAGAUGGUAUUUGGGGCUUUAAUGUUCGUCUUUGGAAUAGCAAGUAUUUUCUUCACUACAGACUGGACUACGUACGUCGGUUUUGGCAUCUGGGUUGGCGUCUGGGUAAGUUUCGUCUAACUUUUUCGAAUAAAAAGGUCAAGAUAAUAGGCAUGUUUUUGCACGCUUAUCCGACUGCAGUUACAUAGUUGACUCUUUUGCGGCAGGUUCAAUAUGAGGCUUACGGUUCACUGGCGCUUGGUCAUUUUAAGAAGGCACUACUUCCACUAAAAACCUGAAAUCACAGCCCCAAAAAUUAUUAUGCAUACACUUCUUGCUUAAAGAAAACAAUGGCGAAAAGGACAGGUUGUAUUUAGGACCGGGGAUUUGUUUUCCAAUUGUAUGAGGCUAAGAGAAAAUUUUACCAAUCUACCAAUAAAUGAGAAGCAAACUGGUGUGAAUGUGGAACUGACUGAAAAAAAAAGGCUUUUGAACCAAAUCAAUUUAAGGAUGAGCUCGGCCUUGACGGUGUGCGCACUCUGAUUGCGUUGCAUUGUGGUAGCGAUAAGUUCAUUAUGGCGGUGAAAGCGGCAGAAAUAAGCAGAUUUUGACUGAACAUUCCGUAAAAGUUAGGCCAUUCCUUUUUCCCUUCGCCAUAGUUGAAAGUAAUUUGUUUUAUUUUGAAUGUGUUGAAGUAUUUGUCGCAAUGUCAGUAGGUUGUCAAAGACAAACGGAAUCACUGUGGUUAAGUAAGUAACUUGAGACCAAUUUUCGCGAAGGCCAAAUGUGACGCACGUCGUUUUUUGAAGUCUUUAUUUACCCAGGGAUUUGGAUGGUCGCUUUGAUCAAAAGCUCUGACCAAAUGCUCUCCAACGGUAUUCGUGUUUUGUUUAUUUUAACAGCGAGCGUUUGAGACCGGUUAUGGCGGCGAACAGGCCUAUCGUUGUGUAUAACUACAGAGUAUUGUGUUACAUAGAGUUACGUUAUUGUAAGGAUGUUUCCUAUUUCUACUCAAUCGUGUUGUAAAUCUGCUUUCUUCUAGCGCUUGAGCAAACUCCCACAACUUUAAAACAUACAUUUGAAUUUACUUACAGAUUCUUUCCUUGCAAUUUACAGAGGUAUUCUUCGUACACUAAUCAUCGCUGGAAGUGAAUAAUACUUUCCGUUAUUGAGGUUAUUAAAUGGUUUUGAAGAAAAAAUUGUCAUGAAAGUUCCUGAACUUGAGUUUUUUUGCCAAACCAGUACCGUUCUUAUUAUUUUUCAAAAAUAUAAAUGCGCUUUUUUUCUUACGUGCUCUCUAAUUGACAGGUGUCAGAUUGGGACAGAUAGUUGCGAAAAAAAUGUCUGAAAGUUUCUUUGGAAGCCUUUUAAAUCGCUUUUAUCGCUACAUAAAUAAAAACUGUAUCGGUCUCUCUCUUUCUUGUGUAUUAUCUCUGUUUUAACUACUAUUCACUCCCCCGAAAAUUGUUCAGUUUUAGAACGAUCUGGGUUGUCUGCCUUUUGAUGGGCAAUUGGGAAUGCGCAACUGGAUGGGGGUCACCAUUUUAUGGAGUACUGCCUUGUGAUAGGCUAAUGCCACUCGAUGGGGUCACAAUUUUAUGGCUGGAUUGAUUACCACGGGGUUGCAUUUUCCUCAGAGUUACUAGAAUGCGGUUCAUCCCACUUUUUUGAGAUUUUGGGGGUAGGAAAAUUGUAAUAGUGUAGUUUGAUCGUCCGGGUGAGUGUAGUCCUGAGAAGGACUGUUGUCGGUACUAGUGACUCAUCAUCAGAGAGCAAUUUGUGAGCAAUUUUUGGCAUCAUCACAUGGCUCUCCAAAGAUGACCUAGUAAAAGGUUUUAUAGGUAGAUAAAUAAACAAAAAGUUUCUAAGUUGGGAUCGCGAAAAUUACAUUUAGUGAACUUCAUGAACUCCAUCUGCACUUCAGAUUGGGGAACUUUCUGAGUUUUUUUUGAUGUGAAUUGUAUAUUUAAGGCCUGCAAAACGUAAAAACGUUUAUUACGUGGACUUGAAGAGUACUUAAUGUGUUCUUAAUCCACAAUGAGAAAUGAAUUAUUUAAAAGAUCUUUCUGCUUGUGUGAAUUGUAGGUUUUUAUCACUGGAAUUUUGGGAUACGUCGGAGCAAGAGAUGAUUUCUACCCAGACAGGUGUUUGGUGAGUUACUAGGAAUUUUAAGGAAACGUUUUUUGGAUAACUUCCCUAUCUCAAUACACACUACCUUAUUAUAAUGAAAGAGCCUUGAUUACAUGUAACUGAUUAAUGAGCCAAAAAUUAAAACUGAAUCGCUUAAAAGAAAAUAUGCAUCAAUAUAUUACGCUAGAAUGAAAGUACAUCAUCAAAGAUUCACUGAGCAUAAAAUGGUUUACCUCCCAAAAGUUAUCCAACAACGAUUUACAUAGCCUAAAAUGCUAGUGUUUGUUGUUCAAGUGGCUACAGUGUGUGCCCACCACUAAUUCCAUUGUGUGGUGUCUUUUUAUCGACAGAUUGGAUGUUUUAUGGGUUUCUCCAUUGUGGGGUGUAUCCUCUCAGGACAAAUGGCCAUCUGCUAUAGCAUUACUCUUUUAGUCUACGCUGAAGUGAAGACACACUGUAACAACUACAACGAUUACGGUUAUGAUACCAACGAGGACUAUGAUUGCUAUGGGGGGUAUGGCCUUCGUAGAGCUACAGCGGAAAACUUGGCUGGUUUUGGCUCUUGUCUCCUUAUUUUGUCCUUGGUUGAGUUGGUCUUGGCCCUUGCGUCAUCCAUCUAUUGUUGCAAGGCAGUGUGUUGUAACUCAGUAGCAGUUGGGAACACAGUAAGUAAUUACCACCAGCAGUUCAGUUGUUAAUGUUUAAAGUUAUCUUUAAAUCAUUUGUUGUCAAUACAUUUUUUAUAUAUAUAUAUAUUGCAUCAAAUAUUUUUGCAUACUUACAGUUCGUUUCACAAAAAGGGGCACAUAACUAGAUAUGUAGGGCUAAAACUGAAAACUAUUCAAUGUUGUAAUCCAUCAAAUAUUUUCGCCCGCGCGCAAUUGUUCUAAAUACAACAUGUGAUCAAAUAAGCCCUGGCUAAAACUGGGGAAUAUCCUAGGAUAUCUAGCCCGACUGAUAUUCCCCAAUCAGUCAAAUCCUUUUGGUCAAUACGAUAAAAGUCUUCGUUUAAACUUGAAUUCAAGAUGAAGGGCAUAUAUUAACUGUAACAGAAGAAGAAACAUGAUUUUUUAUAUAAUAUCCACGGAGAAAUAUCUGUGCAUAUUUUUUAGUGUCCGAUGGCAACUGUUGUUAAUUUAUUACAAGUUUAAAAUCAUGUGUUCUGUUGUCCAGUCUAGCUUUGUUCUUUGUUUUUUGUUUGCAUCGUGGAACAAACAUUACUUUCACUAAACAAAUAUCUCUCUCGUGAACACUUGUAUAGUGUAAAUAAUGAUCAUGAUGAACAGUUUAUGCUGGGCUAGUGACAUUUGAAAUAAUUAGUAUUCAUUGUGAACCAUUGGAACUUUUAGUUUUGAAUGUAGUACAGUCAACUUCCCUCUCACUAGAAACGCGCUGUUUUCCUGUUCACAGUAGCUCAGUUAUAAACCUACCUACUAAAUGGCUUUGUUCAUUCUAUUAACAUUAUUUGGUGAAAUGGCAAGUUGCGUUUUUGUAAUGAGUUUUAGACUAUGAAUAUUUAAUCACUCUGAUGUUUAAUUAUUCUGACUAUUAAGACAAGGACCAGCCAGCAAGAGGUGUAUGUACAGCCUCGGUACAUGAACCCAAGGACACAGCCUGGUGGGGUUUUAAUGCAGACUGAAGAUGGUGUGGUGCCACAGGGAUACCCAGCAACAGGCCAGCAACCUGCGUACGUCCUCCUGCAGGUAACUACAAAUAAAACAUUUUCUACUGAUACAAAUGAAAUGAAUCCGAGUUUGAACAAACAAAGUUCCAGGCAGUGUAUCAAAUGUUUUUUUCUUGUUUAGUUUGUUUUUCAGAAAACAAAUUAAUUAUUAUUCUGUGCAGUGUAGUGUUUACAAUGGGAAUUCAGUUUUGGUCUAAAGUUAUCCAUGAUUGCAUUGACUGCGAGAGAAUGUACUUCAGAAAGGUUUAUAAAGGGGAAAAGAGGAAUGAAUGCUGUCAUUUAGAUGCGUAACACGUAGAUUAACAUAUUCUCUGUCCUCGUCUUCUUAGUGUUGUUGUUCAGGCUAUAGUGUGUUUAUUAGGCAUUCUUUUCAGAUAUCAGGAAAUUAAUAUUUUAAAUUCUAAGAGUGACUUGCAUCUAAUCUCUCCUUACAAUAUAACCCCCUGAAUCACACAUUAAGGUAAAAAGAAUGAGGAAAAUGGUCACCAACUAAAGAAGCUCUCGAUUGUUAAAUAAAUUCUACAAAGAUAGUAUGGAGUAAAUGCAUACUCAUGUUAUGGUGUACAGGGUUAAAAUGCUGGUAUGGUGCAACUAAAGCUGGUGAUAUAUACAAUAAGUAUGGUAAAUUUUUUUAGCUUGAUGCAUGAAUAAAGAAAAACUUCGAGUUUGUUAGAUAUGAAGCUAUUGAUCGCCCAUUUCACCCGAGUGAGCUCUCUAUAGCUCAGUGGCAGAUCAAAAAAUCCAAAGGCCUAGUGUCUAGUUCAGUAUGGGUAACUCAGAGUUUUUUUGCCCCAUGCAUGUGAAAAAAUGGAGAAAAUCUUGUCCCAUAUGCUGUCAAGAAGUCUGAGGUCAAUUGUGUUCUAGGUCUGAAAAUAUUUUAACAUUGCUCAUUUGACAGCUUGGAGUGGUUGCACAGCCUGAAGUGAUUGUGCAGCCUGGAGUGGUUGCACAGCCUGGAGUGGUUGCACAGCCUGAAGUGAUUGUACAGCCUGGAGUUGUUGCACAGCCUCGAGUGGUUUCCCGGCCAAGAGUGGAGUUUAAGCGACCCAAUUACCGGGCAACACGAACCCAUACAUUCACUACAUGAAUCAGCAGUUACAUCUGAAGACCUUAGUAGAAUUAGUGCAUGCUGUAAAAGUUUUGUGUUCGUGAGCUCUUAUAGUAGAAGGGGAAAGGAAUAGGAAUAGGAACCAUGAGAGAGGAGUGGUUGGAGAGGACAAUAGGAUAAGGGAGGAGAGGGUGAAACGUGCGCACUGAAUGAGGGUUGGAAGAGGGGAGGGGAAGAGUCAAAGAUACUGAGGCCCGCUUAGAGAGAAGGGCGAGAGGUCACAGAUAUUGAAGCCCGGUGAGAAGCAAGAGAUUCUU